CGUUUCCUGGAAGGCUGGCCUUUAAAGCCCAGCUGUUGCAACCCGGGGAAGGAGGAGGUGGUGGCUGCCCUUGCGCUCCUGCUUCUGCUGCGGAGAUUCCUCGGGAGAGGCUGGGCUCUGUCUCUCUCUCUGUCUCUCCUCGGCCCGCCGGGCUCUCUUCCCUGGGGAAACCCUGCGGCGGGGCGUGGAAUUCCUCCAAGCCCAGCCCCGUUCCUUUUUGCCACGUUCGUUCCUUUUCCACCCCAGAAUUACCAGUUACCGUUACGGUUCCUCCGAGGAGGGAGAGGGGGGGGCUGCUUUCCAAACCUCUGGCUCUUGCAAAAGGUGCGCCUGCAAGACGGCUUGGGGACGGGGGCCAGACCCCGCCGCCCCUCCUCCGGAGACCUUGCCUGCGUUCCCGGACCGGCCGGAGGAACGAAGGAAGGAAGGAAGGAACGGACGGUCUCCUUCCUUUCCCAAGGCGGACGCCGGGUCCCGUCCCGUCCCUCGCCCGGAUCGGGACGUUCCCCCGGGGAGGAGGGCAAGCGCAGCCGGCGGCGGUGGUGUUCCUGGCCCCUUCGGUAACGACGACCCACCCCUCCGGGAAAGGAACGGGGCCGCCGGGGACGUUCCUUGUGGGGCGGCGAGAUGUUCAGCUGGUUGGGCCACGACGACAAGCGCCGCAAAGACCCCGAAGUCUUCCAGACGGUGAGCGGGGGGCUCAAGAAGCUCUACAAGACCAAGCUGCUCCCUCUGGAAGAGUACUACAGGUUCCAUGAGUUCCACUCCCCGGCCCUGGAGGAUGCGGAUUUCGACAACAAGCCCAUGGUCCUGCUGGUGGGCCAGUACUCCACCGGGAAGACCACCUUCAUCAGGUACCUCCUUGAGCAAGAUUUCCCUGGGAUGAGGAUCGGGCCGGAACCCACGACCGACUCCUUCAUUGCCGUGAUGCAGGGGGACGUGGAGGGCAUCGUUCCAGGAAACGCCCUGGUGGUGGAUCCCAAAAGACCCUUCCGGAAGCUGAAUGCGUUUGGCAAUGCCUUCUUGAACAGAUUCGUCUGUGCCCAACUGCCGAACCCGGUCCUAGAGAGCAUCAGCGUGAUCGACACGCCGGGAAUCCUGUCUGGGGAGAAGCAGAGAAUUAGCCGAGGGUAUGACUUCGCCGCAGUCCUGGAGUGGUUUGCAGAGCGGGUGGACCGCAUCAUUCUCCUCUUCGACGCCCACAAGCUAGACAUCUCGGACGAAUUCUCCGAGGUCAUCAAAGCCCUGAAGAACCACGAGGACAAAAUGAGGGUCGUCCUCAACAAGGCGGACCAGAUCGAGACGCAGCAGCUCAUGAGGGUUUACGGCGCUCUCAUGUGGUCGCUCGGGAAGAUCGUCAACACGCCGGAGGUGAUCAGGGUCUAUAUCGGCUCCUUCUGGUCGCAUCCGUUGCUCAUCCCAGAUAAUCGCAAGCUCUUCGAGGCAGAAGAGCAGGACCUUUUCCGGGAUAUCCAAAGUCUUCCCCGCAACGCCGCCCUUCGGAAGCUCAACGAUCUCAUUAAGCGGGCACGACUGGCCAAAGUCCAUGCCUACAUCAUUAGCUCCCUCAAGAAGGAGAUGCCCUCCGUCUUCGGCAAAGACAACAAGAAGAAAGAGCUCAUAAACAAUUUGGGAGAAAUCUACGGACGGAUUGAGCGGGAGCAUCAGAUCUCGCCGGGAGACUUUCCUAACCUUAAAAAGAUGCAAGAACAACUGCAGGGUCAAGAUUUCAGCCGGUUUCAGCCGCUCAAGAGUAAGCUGCUGGAUGCGGUUGACGACAUGCUGGCCCACGAUAUUGCUCAGCUCAUGGUGCUGGUGCGCCAGGAGGAGUCCCAGAGGCCGGCCCAGAUGGUGAAAGGAGGCGCCUUUGACGGCACUCUGCAAGGGCCCUUCGGCCACGGCUAUGGCGAAGGAGCAGGGGAAGGGAUCGACGACGCCGACUGGGUGGUGGCCAGAGACAAGCCCAUGUACGACGAAAUCUUCUACACGUUGUCCCCCAUCGAUGGGAAGAUAACGGGAGCCAAUGCCAAGAAGGAGAUGGUGAGGUCCAAGCUGCCAAACACGGUCUUGGGCAAGAUAUGGAAACUCUCCGAUAUCGACAAGGACGGCAUGCUGGACGACGAAGAGUUUGCCUUGGCCAACCAUCUCAUCAAAGUCAAGUUGGAAGGCCAUGAGCUUCCCAACGAGCUCCCCUCCCAUCUCAUCCCGCCCUCAAAGAGGAAACUAGCCGAGUGAGGAGGGCCUGCCUGCAAGAAACGCGGGAAGCCAGGGGGGGAGGGAGGUCAGGGGGAAUGUACCUAAAUUGUACCUAUUGGGACCUGUGGGGGGGGGUCACCUUUUUUUUUGGCUUGUAACAAGGUUCAGGCAUGAAAGACCAACAGAGGCCAGGAUUAGAUGCAGUUCAGAUUUGCUUGGAAUGAUCCUUACUUUGAUAGAUCUUGAUUGCAAUAGAAACGGAGAGAGCGUCGCGGGCUAUGAACUGUACGCCUGCGAGCGGGGGGAGUGGCUGUUGCGGUUUCGGUCAAGCAUGUUGGAUCGCUUCCCUUGGGUUUAUCCCUGAUGCUUUAAAUAAGCCGCAGAGCCUCGGAUGGAUCCCAAGCCAAACCUUAGAGAGAGAGAGAAAGACCUCUAUUUUGGGGAGUGUUUUCAUAAUUUGCACUUUGGUCUUAAGUGUUAUUUUUUGUCAUCUGCUCAUCAAUGUUCCGUCUUCCUGCCUGUCAUGUCUUUUUAAUUGUGUUUUUUUUAAAUUACAUACUUGUGGUACAAAAGGGUUUGCAGGAUAACACUGUGGGAGGGCCUCUUUUAGCCAUAGGAAAUUGAUCGCUCCUGAUCGUUUGCAUUUCAUUUGGGAAUGAUGGGAGAUCACGGCUCAACGUAUGUCGUAAGAGGACCUGUUUCCGUGGUUUCGGGACUGUGGAUUCCGUGCCUUCCAGAGGGUGGCUCCACAUGGGUUUGAGAUCCCCAGUGUACGGCUUUGGCGUUCUUGGCUUCCACCCUACUCAAUGCCUUCCCAAAGAGGCGAGAGACCUCCCUGUGCAACCUGGUUUUAGACCCUCGCGUCCUGACUGAUACAUUUUUAUUAUUACUACUAGGAUUAAUGCAAUUGUUCCUUCUAUUUAUAGGAAGUCAUUAUGUAGAAGUGGGCUGAUUUGUGUUUCGGACCACAGCUCCCGGAGGCCUCUGGGCAGCACGUCUGCCUACGGGAGUUGUAGUUCAACACACACAUCAUCCGACCUCUACCAGGAAGUGAAUGGAGAGAUUAGAUGAUAGCUCUCCUAAUCCUGAGAUGGCGUGGCUUUGACUCUGGUGGGAUGGACAUUGAUGGACCAUAGCGGGAAAGCCGGUUGAGGAAGGCCAGGUGAGGAGCUCAAGAGAACCUCCUCUCUUGGAAGGGGAAGGCUAGACAGAGACACCAUCAGGAGGAGGAGGCAGAUUGGCUUCUGCCCUUUCUGCCCUUUCCUGUUCUUGAAAAAGGCCAGUAAUUUUAACAGCUCCUUGAAUGUUGGCCCCACUGCUCUGUGUGUGUUUUGUGUGUACACACCUAACAUUACAAGUCUCCAGAUCUGGGGUCCCCAGAUGUCCGUGAACUACCACUCCCAUAAAUCCUGGCCAGCACCGCUAGCGGGAAGCGCUUAUGGGAGUUGCAGUCCAAUAACUGGGGGGACCCAAGGUUGAGAUCCACUGUUCUGGAAUCCCAUUUCCUUGCCUGUUCUUUCCUCCACUGGAAAAACAUGGGGUACAGUAUCCUAGGCCAGUUCUCUUCUCUAAACUUCCGACCACAGCUUUUUACAGGCUCCUGGGCUCACGAUGUCUACGUGGAAUGAUUCUGAACCUUGUCUGGAUCUGGAGACCCUGAGCCAAGCUGCGUCCGGCUGCUCCCCCUCGCCUUCACUUUGCGCGAUGCCUCUUCUCUGCCUCCCCCCUUGUUUCGUUGGUGUCGGCCGCAGGAUUGCGACCUUGGUUGCUUCGUAUAUGCUCAACCUCUACUGUGACCUGCAGGCGAUGGAGGAGACCGGGACAGAACAAAUUAUAACUUAUUUUAUAUCUCCAUGUUAAUAUUAUAUAGAGAAAUAUAUAUUCAGUGUCUGUAAAGCAACUUUAUCGGAGCGCAUCUAUUGUAAUCUUAAGAAAAAGUUAAAUUCAUUAACCCUUUUUGUACCUGCAUCCUAAAACAUUAUUUUUACAAAAAAACCCCAAACCAACGAGGUCUACUCUGUUUUGUUUGCUCUUCUUGUGUGUAAGUGAAGUUUGAAGGUGCUUCCAGCUGAGCAAUUGUGCAAUCGGUGUGCUUCACGCAUCAAAGCUCACAGGGGCCCAGAUGUUGUCUAUGUCCAAAGCCCCACCAAGAACUGGCGCUUCUCUGGACUGUGGGUGCACGUCAGGGUUGCAAAAAAACAAAAACCUAACCUUUCCAAAGGUUUUCCACUUGGAAACCCUUUCAGGUUUCCCCAACACUUUCUUCUGUUUUUUUGGGUUUUUUGUGGUUUGACAACAAAAUCCAAAACCAAAAAACGGUCAAGUAGGAAAAGAUAGUUUUUAUUGUUAUUAUUGUUAAUGAAAGACAAUUAGCAGUUGGAUCUUCAGAGUCUAGGGAAGUGGGGUAACCUUGGGCCGGUCACGCUUUUUCAACCUACCUCACUGGGUUGUUGUGAGGAUAAAAUAGGGAGGAGCUAUGUAGGUCUCCUGGGGGGAAAAGGUGGACGAAUCACUGUACUUAGGAACGGCAGGAGUAGGAGCCGUCUGUCCAAUGCACCCUCAACUGGGCCAGGGUAUGUGUGUAUGUGGGUGCAAUUCUGUUUGUAUGUGAACUUGUUUGUACAACGUCUGCAAGUGACCCAAAGCAUCCGUUGUGCGGCCUUUCACCUUUGUGUUGCUAAAAUUUGAGUUCCAAAACUGACUGACUGACUGGAAAUCUCAUUGUAAAUAAAAUGGAUCAAUGUCA